AUGCUUUGCUUCUUUGUUUUAUCAGCUAUAUCUUAUACACCUUCAAUUUUUGGAUACACAGGAACUGAUACAGUUCAGGCACAAGAGACAGACUCUAUUAUUAUCCUAAAUGAAGUUCCAAAAUCCAAAGAUCCAAAACCAAUUAGCGCAAAAGGAUAUUCUGAUCCUCCAAUUGAAGAAAAUCAAUAUGUUUGGCCAGAUCAUGGCAAGACUUGCACGGAUCAGCAACUUAAUAACGAAACCAGCGGAAUUCAAAGAGAUUUCUGCAAAUGGGCUGAAAGAGUAGACGAAGAAGAACUAUAUUACCAUCCAGCUGGUUCAAAACAAUUCUUCGGUGAUGACGCUGUUAUUAAUACCUCAACCAGGUAUAAAGCGAGAGUAUUCCUUAAUUCAAGGCGUGACUCUUAUUAUCCAACCGGCUUAUAUGCACCACCAGGUGAACUUAUUACAAUGGAGAUACCUCCAAAAGCCGUUGGCAAAAUAACUUUUAUAAUUAAUAGACAUGUUGAUCCUGCAGCAAGCCAUGCUGUCAGACUUGGCGGAACAAGGUGUGAAUUCAGUCUUAGAGGUACUGUUACUCAAUUCAUGUGGCCAUACGGCGGCACAAUUGAAUUUGCAGUCUCCUUAGAUACGUUUAAUGCAGGUGUAGAUGUCAAUGUUACAGGCGCAAUCAGGAGUCCAUAUUUCAUAUAUGGUGUAACUACAGAUGAAGAAUGGGAAGAAGAAGUUUCCAAAUAUCCUGGUCCAAUACUAUCCCUUGAUUACGGCGCAGGUUUCGUGGCUGUCCCAAGCAAAUUUGUCAGGAGUUAUGUCAAACUUAACGAUGCUAUGGCCUUCUGGAGAAGUGUUUCCCGUGUUUUAUAUUCAUGCAGUGAAGUAUCUGCAGUUCCAAGAAGAUCUGACGGAAGAGUUAGAACACCUCUUCGUACAACAGUUGAUAGAUUCGUCAGAGUGGGUACAGCUGUUGCCCUUACAGGCGGUAACCAAGUUUAUGAGCCAAUAGGUUGGCAAAGAGAGUGGACAAACUAUGAUUAUGCAAAAUGGGGAUGCUGGGGCCAACUCCAUGAAUAUGCACAUCACUUCCAGAAUGGUUGGGAAUUUGGUGCAUGGGGUGAAGUUUCAAAUAAUGUAUUGAAUCUUAUUUCUAUGUCUUUAAUGACAGAAAUUGAUGCCACAAGAAUGAUUAAUUUUUGGGGAAGCAUUGCCAUGUCUGGAGAUUGGGCAAAUACAGCACACCAAGCUGGUAAUGUCAAUGCAAAAGAUUUAUUGUAUUGGUACGGUCUUCAUUUGUAUUGGUUUGGCCCAGAUCGUCAACGUAAAAUUAUCCGUUCAACAAGAGAUGGAAAAUACUUUGCACGAAAUGGUUCUUUUGUUAGCCAGUUUAUGUUGACAAUUUCUUAUAUUGCAAAGAGAGAUAUGAGGCCAUAUUUCAAGACAUGGCCUAAUCUGUACAAUUACACAGCUUCUGUUACAGCAACUGCUGAUUCUCUUCUUGAUUCAUGGGGAUUCAAAGAGUUCCACCCAGUUUCAAUUAUUUAUCAGACAGGUUAUGUUUAUGAUGGUGAAGAAUUUGAGACUGCAAAGCCAUUUAGAAUUCCUGCUCGCGAACCAUAUUUGUUUGAUUUCGAACAGUUCAAGAAGACAAGAGAUGAAAUGCACACCUUCACAUUCAAGAGAGUCAUUCCAGGACAAGGAACAUUCGAAGAAAUUGGAACAGCUCAAUAUACCAUCAUCAGAUGUGAAGUGUUGAUUUUCUGGAUCAACAACAAUUUCUCCUAUAGGCAUUAG